AUGGAGAGUUUACCUGGGAUCAAUGAUCUGAAUCAGCCUUCGGCUGGCGCUGGAGGAGAUGAUGAGUUCCAUAGGCUGUCAAUUAAGCAAGGUUCUGAAUGGAAUAUAGAGGUUUCGCCGGAGACGAAGUUAACUAUUAAAGUGAUUUCCGGAAUAGCUGAGAUUUUUGGUACUGAAUUGGCCAUUGGCAAGGAAUACAACUUCCGAAACUACAAAUUUGGUGUUUAUGCGGUAGAAGACGUCGAGUUGGAAUGGAGAUGUCCAGAAUUAACCGGCGAAACAUUAUCAAUAUCGCCCAACUCUACAGCGAAAUCUGUCUAUAAUCUGCAUUUUGCAUUGGAGAAGAUGAGAAGCUCAAGCUUUGAUGGACCUAGGGUUAUGAUAGUUGGAGAAACAAGUUCGGGCAGAACAGCUCUUUCUAGGACGCUCUGUUCUUAUGGAAUAAAGUUCAAGUCGUACCAGCCAAUGUACGUGAAUCUUGACCCACAGCAGGCUAUCUUCUCUCCUCCUGGUUGUCUGACUGCUACCCCCAUAUCGGAUAUUCUAGACGUCCAAUGCAGCACUUGGGGUCAGAGUAUGACUAGUGGUGCAACCCCAUUGCACAGUAAACAGCCUGUGGUGAAAAAUUUCGGAUUGGAAAGGUUAUCAGAAAACAAGCGACUGUAUCUCGACGUGGUCGAGCAGUUGGCCACCAGCGUUAAUGGGAGAUUGAUGAAUGACUCUCUCGUGCGGAGGUCCGGAUUAGUGAUAGAUAUACCGGCAAUAUCGGACCUAGAUGAGGAUUAUAAUGAUCUCGAGUAUUUCACAAAACAGUUCAAGGUCAACGUUGUAGUGCUUGUCGGAAUAUCUGACAGCCAAAAGGUAGACGCAAUUGCCAAGAAACUUGGAUCCUUAGUCGGCAGUCGUAUGGUGAAUCUUCCAAGGAUAUCUGGCUCUGUUAAACCUGAAGACGCUUUCAAGAGAUCACUGCAACGAGGUGCCAUACGAGAGUAUUUCUAUGGAACGCCAGAUACGGUAUUGAGUCCUUACGCCGUUGGUGUGGGAUUUGAAGAUGUUACCGUCUAUAGACCAAAAAACGUCUUUGAAGACACUCAAGAUGCCCAGGAGGCUGCAACUCAUCUUUUGCCUGUAGCAGUGAACCCAAGCAAUCUGCAGCACGCGCUUGUGGCCAUCUCCUAUGCAGAUAGAAAGGCAACGCCCGAGGUGAUACAGAAAGCACCUAUUUUAGGCUUUGGGCUCAUCACUGAAGUCAACGACAAGAGAAACAAGCUGCGAAUUCUGCUGCCGGUACCUGGUGCACUUCCCAACAAAUCCAUGAUUUUGACCUCGUAUCGAUACCUGGAGUAG